ACAGAAUCUAACAGCUAAAACCCCUCUUCUCCCCUCACCCACGGACCACGGUUCCACCAAAACGGAUCUCAUUCGCCGCCCCGACCGCCUCCGACCAUCCAAACCCUACCUCGCUCGCCGUCGCCCUUCCCCCGCUGGCACGCUCCUCGCCCUCCACGAUGCGCACGAUGCCAACGAUGCGGCGCUAGGUCGGCCGGGGACGAGCGGCGCUAGCUAGGUCGAGGCCGGCGCCGGUCGAGGAGUCACAAGAUGUACGACGAGUAUCCUAUAUUUACACUUCCCGAGGAUAAGAAAGUUGCUGUCCCCUUUGUUGCUUAUGAAAAGUACACUGAUAAGGAUGGAGAUCACGAAAAUGAUGCUAAACCGGUUGGCGUGUUUCUGAGGAUCAGAACUGUUGCAGCAAAGCCUCCCUGCCAGUCCAAGUAUACGGGCCUCAUGGAACUUGCUGGUGAGAACUAUCAGCUUGCUUACGAUGAAGUUCCCACUGAGGCCGGUAAGAAAAUUGCCAGGGGAAUACUCAAGGGCAUAUGGAAAAAUAAAAAGAUUGGAAUGUGCUUUGAGGAUUUGAUACGAUCAAUAUCUUCAUAAGCCGGGAGAGCAAAGUUAAGUUCAAGGGUGUGAAGCGGCGUCUUGGAAAGUCUAGGGUAGAACUCCAGGUGAAAACCAGGGAAAAUUAUCUGAAAGGUCACUCUGUAAUAAGGGACUUGUUUUUGAAGGCCGGGAAAGGUAAAAAAAAAUCCCGUCGAUAUAGAUCACCUGCUGAACAUGAUACUCAAUGAGCCAGGGAAAGCCCAAAUGUAUCACAUUCAUGUGUCACUACUUCCGGCUGCAACAAUGUGGUCCGCAUUUGUGAAAAUGUAUGAUCAUCUAACUAACAAAUUGGAGAAUCCAGAGAGAGAGAGGAUAUUGCUGAGCCUUCCAUAUUAUGAUGACAACUGGAGCAGUUUGCUAAUACAUAAUUGGUUGCUCAUGAAGGUUUAUGAUUUCAAAGGUGGAGAUCUGUACAUUCUCACGGAAGCAAAAGUUGAGGCCAACUAUAACAAGAAACCAUUCCACAAGUGGUCAAGUUUAACAGAUGAAGAGAAGGCUAGGCAAAUGACGAUUGCCCGAGCACAAAAGUUUCUUGACUUCCUAAGAAACAGAAAAUCGCAUCGGAUGGAACACGUAUCACCAGAUGAGAACUAAACAGCAGAAGAAUCAGAUCUGUCGACCCAUGUGCGUUACCCCCUGCUGAUGGCACGCCUCCAGGAAGAGCUGUUCAACGCUCAAGUCAUGGAAGAAGAACUGCUGCUGGAGCAGUUUUUCUAGAGGUUUGAUGCUCAUUGUGAUGCAUGGUCAGUUGCCCCCUGCUGAGAUUUUUUCAUGGCUUGAGAAGCGGAAUGGGUGCAUCAGAUACCUGAAAUGUUUUUGUCAUUUUCAUAAAUCCUUGUGCCAGUUUUGCCAGUGCUGAUUGUAAUGCUUGACCUGUGGAGGGAGCGGUCCCAGUUACCCGAGAUGUUUUCAUGUUUUAUCAGUUCAUGAGACCUUGUGCCUUAAUUAGUCACUGGGUGUUUCGGAGAGCUUAAACAUUGUUAAAUUUCAUGUUUGUUGGGAUGAUGGAUGUUGAUGUUUCACAUGUCUAUUAUCAGUUCUCGUGAGAAUCUA